CCAUUUUUACAACGGUACUUUUAUUUUGUAAAGCACAUUCUCUACAGUCUCGCGAGUUUUCACUGCUCCGUUAACCAGAAGAGGCGCAUGCAAACAACAACAUCAAUUUUACAAGACAUUUUGCAUUUUUACGACUGAAGAAUGUCAAGGAUGAGGAGAUAGUACAGCGUUAUUUUCAUCAGAAUAGUCUUGAUUCUGUCUUUCAAGUGGUUUAUGACACAUAUCUGUUGACCGGCGUAGUAUGACACAGUACCCAUCACAGACCAGUCGCUCAAACUUCUACACUGUUGUGAAAGCAGAAGCUUCCUCCACACCGCCCAUCUCCACCAUGGCCAACAGUACUGUCGCUCCAGGCAAAGUCCCAGGCACCCCUGGGCCUGCAGGGAGACUGAGUCCUGAAGGUCCUCAGGUGCUCAGUAAGAAGAAGCUGCAGGAUCUUGUGCGGGAAAUUGACCCUAAUGAACAACUUGACGAAGAUGUGGAGGAGAUGCUCUUGCAGAUUGCAGAUGACUUCAUCGAAAGCGUGGUGACCGCUGCAUGCCAGCUUGCCCGACACAGAAAGUCGAACACUCUUGAAGUAAAGGAUGUCCAGUUGCAUCUUGAACGCCAGUGGAAUAUGUGGAUUCCUGGCUUUGGUUCAGAUGAGAUCCGACCGUACAAGAAGGCAUGCACGACAGAAGCUCACAAACAGAGAAUGGCACUGAUUCGCAAAACAACCAAAAAGUAGGAUCGGGGCACAACAGACCUUUUUCUUUCUUACUUUUUCUUGGGAGGUUUGGAAACGGGGAGGGUUUGAAUCUGUAAAUGUUAUGUUAAUCAGAGGGGCAGAGUGCUGUAUCAUUUACAUUGAAGUUGUGUUGACAUUUCACACAUGGGAAAGGUGAGCAGGAAUUUACAUCAUUUUCUGUACAGUUUAGUUUUUGUUACAACCAUCAUAUAUACACCAUACAUAUAUUGCUAUGUACAUUGUCGAACACCACGUCUAAGUCAGCGUCCUUGGGCACCUUGGUCUCUGGCUUGGUGCUAUUUUGUGGUGUUUAUUAUCUUGAAGAUCUCUGUUAAAAUGAAUCUUUUAUUGUUUUACCCACAACAACUUUUGCUCAGCUGGCAUUAGUAGCUAUGCACAAUUAUUAAUCACCAUGUGUCUGUUUUGUUCAUAGUGUUCAGUGUUAUAUGCCUUUUAAGUAAUGCUUUGUAGUGUAGAGUCAAAGAUCCUGUGUGACUUUCUAAAAGUAAAAUGAGUAAAAGUCAUUUUUACUAGCUAAAUAAAUAUUGGGUAUAAUCACUUAGAGAGAAUUAUAUAUGUGUGCAGUUAUUAAGAGGCGUUAAACCCCUCUGCUAUGGGUUUGUGGGUGGAUUUGAACAUUUUGAGGAGUUUGGCAUAAUUAUUUUGUAUCAGUGUUUUACAGUUGCUUGAUUUUUUUCUUCAUGAAUAAAGACUCUGUGAUUUAUUUCA